UUACUUUUAAAUAUUAAUUUAUUUUUGUACAGGUAAAAAAAAAUUUCUUAUAGAAAGAAUAUUUUUUUUUAAAUUAUGUAACAGCGCCAUUUUUUUUAACCUUGCCAAAGAAAUAUAACAUUUAAGAAAGCUACAGGUGGUCGCGAAUAUCAAUUUUUCUAAGAAAAUUAAAAAUACUUUUUGGAAGAUAAUUCUUAAUUCGUCAAGAAAAUAAAUUUCCAGGAAGAAUAAAUGUUGUGAAAAUGGAUUAUUUAAAUUCUAUAUCUGAUUCGAACUUCGUUACAUUUUCUUAUCCUAGGACAAAUAAUGAAAAAUCAUGAAAUCAAUAUAGGUAAAAUAUAAUCUAAUAUUCUAUAGGAAUAUCCAUUACCGUUUAGAUUAAAAAAAGUAGAGAGGGAAAAAUAGGAGGUAAUCAAUCAAGGAUAGGAAAAAUGGUGCUUCAGUCUACUAAUGCUUCACAAUCCCAAGAUCCACAAAAAACAAAAAUGAGUUUUAGUCAAUUAGUGGCCUCAAUUAUAGCUAAAAAUAGGAUCAAUAAAAUGAAGGAGAAUUUGAAGAUAAGUAAUUCGACUUAUAUGAGUGUCGCCAAAGUAGGAGAGUAUUUGACAGCAACUUUGGCAUCUUUAAGCCAACUAAAUAAUAUAGGAAAUGCUGAGAGACGCGUGAAUGAUAAUAUUUUAAGCAAAUCAUCCCUAUCAAAAAUGGACGAAAUAAAUUUUGAGAAAGAAAAAUACGUGGUGAAUUUGUUUUGGGUAAUUAUAUUAGGAACCUGUUUAGUUAUAUUCGGGCUCAUGAUAUUAACCUCAGUUUGGUGCGUACGCAAAUGUAAACGAGAUAGAUCGAAUAAGCGGAGUAAUAGCAACGAUACCGUGACCAAGGUGAUUAUUAUGCAAAAUGGAGAUGCGAUCAACAAGAAACAUAAUUACCCCGAGGAUGUAAGAAGAAUCAAUCGUGGUAAUGAAGGAGGUGAUAAGCGAUUAAAAUUGGCGGAAGAAAUGAUAAAAUCGAAAGAAGAAAGCGUAUUAGGCAAAAAAAGAGGCUGGAAGACCAAAAAUGGUGGUGGAAUCGAGUUGUUGAGUUGCAAAAAUAAAUCUUCGUAUAAUAAUAAUAAUAAUAACGAUUUACCCACCGGUAACUCUAAUAUUGGCAGAAAGAUGUCUGAUAAGAAAGAUCACGUUUUCAGGACAGGAAAUGAUAACGCCGUAUUUGAAAUGAACGAAACAGAAUCUGCGAUAGUUCAUCAAGCCUAUAGCAAGGAUAUUGACGAUAAGCGGAAGGUUAGAAAUGAAGAGGUCAUUUUAGAUGUUAAUGGAUUAGGCGAAUUUGUUGAAAUUCCGAAAAGAUACGUUAGCUCUACAAAGCUGAUCCUUCAAAUCUCAGGUAAAUCCAAUUUGUCGAAUUACGAUUUAGGUUCCGAUAAUAAAGAUAAAAGACUUCUUAAUGAAGAUCGAGCAAUUAUUAAAUUUUACAAGAAUAAUAAGUAUGGAGAAGAAGCUAACUGUUACGAACUACCCGGUGAUGAUACUACCCGUAUAACUAACAGCAGACGAUUAUCAAAUAACGUUGAGGCAAAAAAUAACUCCUCGAGUCAAAUAGCAAUCGAAUCGAACACAAAAAGUGAAAACAGCAUGAGCAUAAACGACAGUUAUAAUAAUUCUUACCGCUAUACUGCCAGUACGAGUAGCGGAGUGUGGGGAGUUGAUUAUAAUAAUAUGUCAUCUUCGAUAAAUUCCAGUGUGAUUUUAGACGAUUUUUAUUCGUCCAGAAGGAGAAAUUCUAAAAUUCUAAAUGGGGAACAUACCGGGAAUUUUAAUGGAACCGGAAGCGAACUCGAUGAAAAUGGCGGUGGGGAUAGGAAUUGCGGAAAAAAGAAGAAGAGGAAGAAGAGAGUCAAGAAUAGGAAAUCGCUUAUGGAGGCACUCGAGGACCUUGCCAAAGGUGACAAUUCGGCCAUGUCAGGUUUUGCACUUCCAAAUAAGUUACUGAGACAGCCACCUACCACACCCGAUUAUGGGGAUGAAAACGAAGAAGCAAACCAAGGUCACACGAUUUCGAAGACGCGAGGUAAUAUUUGCUUGUGGCAAAGUAGUUUCGUAGGAGACAAAAAGUAUCGAAAUCAGCCGAUUAUCCCGAACCAAAUGAUGGAAGCAGAAAAUUUCGGGCAUAGCAGAUUAAGAUUAUCGUCUGGAUGUUAUUCGACUAGAUCUUCUGGGAGAAGCAUCAACGGGGAAACCAACAGGAAAAAGGAAGGGCAUAACCGAAAAGUAGCGAGCAAUAUUGAUUGCCAAUAUCAAGAAGGGUAUGAGUUCGAUGAAAUCUCACUCGAAAAGCGAAAACAAAUAGGCGCUCAACAACUGCCAUCAUGUAUAGAAAACGUAAUCGAUAAUAAUCGGAAUAUGUACGCAGCGAAUUGGGAUUGUAAAUCAGAAUACUUGUCAAACAAUUUUCAUAAUUUUUCUCCAAACAUAAAUCUAAAAGUAGACGAUGGCCACGUAAAAUAUGCGCCAACAAAUGUUUUCAAUUUCAAUGAUUAUUUAAAUGUCGACAAUAAUAACUAUAAUAAUAAAGAACAAUAUUCUUGGCCCCGCAGACGAAGCUCAGCAGACCAUCGCAAUGCCCAACAAAAUUCUCAAAACGGGGCAAAAUACUUACUGCCAUCCAUCCCCGAGCUGCACAGGAUACCUCGUAAUAAUGUUAUCCAAGAUACGAUGGCCAAUGGAAGCCCUUUUGAAAGGAGUUAUUCUUCUCGAAGAAAACAAAGACGAACUCUACCUAAUCUUAUCACUCAAUUAUCCUCACAAGUCAAUCAACCCAAAGCUUCUGCCGAUAUAAAUAUCGGUACCAACGAUGGAUUCGUUGAUGCGCGUUUUAACGAAUCCUCAAUAUCGAAUUCGGGGGACAUCGAUGAGGAAUGGAGAAGAGUGGUGAGAGAAAUACAAGAAUUAGGAAAACCCUAAUCAAAAAAAUAUUAAUAAUAAAGGAACAUAUGGUACCAUUUAAAAUAAACAUUGAACAAAAGAGGGAACCAGAUAAGAUAAAGAAAUGGAAUAUUAAAUAUGAUCCCUUCGAAUUUCACAAGUCAUCCCUCAAAACAGUCGUAUUAAGCACCAAACGUAAACCCGAUAUAUCAUUUCUUAAAGGUUUUAAAUCCAAUCCCUUCCCCAUCCGAUAUCACCAUAAUAUAUCGCUUUUUAGAUUAUAUAUAAUUUAUAUAAAUUCUGGUUAUUUGCUCAUUUAUAUUCUAUAUAAGUUAUAAUUUAACAAUAUUUAGCAUAAUUUUUAAAAUGUUAUAUUUAUUUUAUAUUUUUUUAAAAAAAAAAAAUUAAAUUUCGAAUAUAAUUAUGUUGAUACCUCUUA